ACAACUACCUUUUUCCUUAAACAACUACCUCAAUUCUUGAGUAUGUCUUUCAGUUUCACUAACCUCCUUAACAACAACAACAACAACAACAACACUAACAUGACCAUGGAUGAUCAUAAUUUUGCUAACUUCAAGUCUCCUUCAUCAAUUUACCCUUCUUAUUCUGAUUUUCCACCUGGUUUUAGCCCAACUGAGUUGUUGAAUUCACCUUUGUUUAUUUCUUCUCCAUAUAAUCAUGCUUCUUAUACAACUGAGUCUUCUGAGAGCUUGAAUAGGAGAAACAGUUCAACUGAGGACCAACUAGGUAACAAGGAGGAAGAAAGAGACUACUUUGACCUCUCUUUCCAAACACAAACAAAGCAUGUGCCUCUCUUUCAAUCUUCAACAAGCAUGUUCCAAGUGCAAGAUCCAGUAACGAAACAUGACACAUUGAUAUUCAAUGAAACUGCAAAGCAAACUGAAUUUUCACCUGAGAGGACAGCAACAAAAUCUGAAUAUCCAUCCACUAAGGGCAUCUCCUCAGAAAUGGCCACAACCAAACUUGAAAUACAAAGCAAUUCUGCUUCAGGAUCUGGCUAUUUUAACUACACUAAUAAUGCUUCAAAGUCUGUUAGAGAACAAAGCAGAUCAGAAGAUGGGUACAAUUGGAGGAAAUAUGGAGAGAAGCAAGUGAAAGGAAGUGAAAAUCCAAGAAGUUAUUACAAGUGCACACACCCAAGUUGCCCAACAAAGAAGAAAGUUGAGAGGUCUUUGGAGGGACAUAUAACUGAAAUAGUAUAUAAGGGAAGUCACAACCAUCCCAAGCCUCAAUCUACAAGAAAAACAAGUUCUCAAUCACUUCAUCAAACUUCUUCAUCCUGCAACAACUCAGGGAUUUCUGAUCAAUCUAUGGGAGAGGAGGAUUUUGAGCAAACAUCACAAAAUUGUUAUUCGGGAGGGGAUGAUGAUGACCUUGGACAAGAGGCCAAAAGAUGGAAGGGAGAGAAUGAAAAUGAUGGUUAUUCCUAUUCCACUUCUGGGAGUAGAACUGUUAAGGAACCCAGAGUCGUGGUUCAAACUACUAGUGAAAUUGAUAUACUUGAUGAUGGAUAUAGGUGGAGAAAAUAUGGACAGAAAGUAGUUAAAGGAAACCCAAACCCAAGGAGCUACUACAAAUGUGUAACCCCAGGUUGUCCAGUGAGAAAACAUGUUGAAAGAGCAGCACAUGACAUGAAAGCUGUGAUCACAACUUAUGAAGGAAAACACAACCAUGAUGUGCCUGUAGGAAGAGGAAAUGCAAGCUAUAGCAUGAACAAAACAUCUCUCAACAACGUCACUAUCCCUGCCCCUAUAAGGCCUUCAGCAGUGACUAAUUAUUCUAACUCAUCAAGUUUCGCAAACUCACUUCAUGACAUAAAGCUACCACCGACAACUUGUGCAAGUCAAGAACCUUUCCCAAUGGACUUGCUCAUGAGCCCUACAAGUCUUGGAUUUUCAACUUUGGACAAAUCAAUGAGUUCCUUCGCCAAUCCUGAACAAUUCUCAGAUGCUGCAUAUUUGGCUAAGGAUAAUAAUGACUCAUUCCUUCAGUCUUUUUUGUCAAAGAACUUUUGAAUUUGAAAUUAGAGCAUAACACUUGUAAUAAUUAAUGUGUUUUUUGUAUAGCAUGUAGGAAUAAAUUAGAAUAAACUAAAUCAAGGGUAUCUACUAAUUUAGCUUACUACGAUUAGAGAAUAGAACUGAAAGCAUUCUAAAGCUUGACAUGAGUUAGGCCUUAUUGAAAACUUUCAAUUUAGCAAUAGAGGUAUAGAAAAAGUGUUGACCGUUGAAUUCUAUCAUUCUUUUGUUUAGAACGAAAGAAAAAUGUUUCUUUUGCUGAGUUUUGCUUACUUUUUAAGAUGAUUUAUGCUUGUGUUAUCAAUUUCUACAGUGGUAUACAAACUUCUACGCUUACUAGUUAUGGU